ACGGGAAUGAGUACAGGCGCCAUCACCAUAGCAACAAUCUCGGCUCUGAUAUCGCGCUUCGUCCGCAGAAGCGCUCCCCGGCCUCCAUGCGACACCGCCUCGGUGCAUAUGGCUGUCUUUUCAACAAGGAAGAAAUGUUAGGCUCGCCUGAAUCAGUCUUGCGCUGUGUUCACGUGAAUCGUCGCUACUGACAAUCCCUUCAGAGUGGGACAUUGCCUUACGGACAUCGGAACAGGAUUGGUGAUAUAUAUUUGCGUAUCGAGGAUGAGGAAGGACGUUCAGUACAGGGACCUGCCCGGAGGUCCCUUAAUGAUCAAAUUUGCUGACGAGCUGCCUCUGUGCACACUGUGCUCGAGGUGCGGCAUGCUGUCGAAGGAUAUGUUCGAGGAUCCGUCAUCGCACGCUUUCUGCAGCGUGUGCAUCUUCGAGUGCAGCGACCGGAAGAAAAUACACUGCAAGUACGAGAACAAGGACGUUUCAGUCGACGAGAUGAUGCCUGCAAUCGACAUAUUCAAUAUCGUCAUGGAUCAAGUGGUUUACUGUCCAAACACAAGAGAUGGUGACUCCUGCAGGGAACACUGUAGUUUGAAAGACUUAGAGGGACACUUGUUGAAGUGUGAAAAAACGGAAAUUAUCUGCCUGUCCUGCGGCGAUUCAGUGAAGGGCGUUGAUUGGCAAGACCACGUGACUUCAUGCCCACAACAUGUCGUUCAGUGCCGUCACUGCGUUGUGGCAGUCCCUCGUGGGAGGCUGGAGCAUCACGAACGUGUGUGCAGCUCCAAUCCAAACGCUAUCCGGGACGUGGGCUCAUGCCCGUCAACGAAUGCAGAUUCAGCUGCAUGGUCACGCAGCAACUCGGACCCAAAUCACGAAAAGAUUUCGGUGUCUCAGAACAGUAACGAGCAUCAUCUAACGCCCGAAGCCAGGGAUAAAGCACGUGCCAACACAGAGGCCGUCUGCAAGAGUACGCCAAGUGCCGUGAAUAACGUUGGUGGUGUCGUCAUCGAAAGUUGUCCACUAUGUAAACGUAAUGUGAAGAGCACAAAUAUGGCAAAGCACUACAGUAUUUGUCAGCAACGGAUGCCCAGUCUAGAUCAUGACGAAGCCAAUCAAACACCAGGAAUAUCAGUCCAACCUUCAAUGAGAGAAACUGUCCCGACCAAAGAGCCAAUACGCGAAUAUACUGGGAACCCACACGAAGGUUACAGUACUCCCGAAUCACGCAAAGUGUCACUGCCCCAAGGACAUCAUUCAGGUGAACAUGCAGGGCCCUCUCAAGAAGCUGGUGGGAUCAAGGUGCCAGUGCAGAUCUACCCGGAUCUUCAACAUCAAGCAUGCCAUACGGCUGCCCUGGCUGCGCCGCAGUAUGUUCAACCUCAACAUGAAAUGCCUUUUCCACCUUUUCGAGCUGUCGCUGCUAUGGCACCCAUGCCACCUGUAGCACCUGGAAGACGUCCUGAUCACCAUGCGCCGUACCGACAAGAUUGUUCUCUUGCAAGCGCUGCUAAUGACAAAGCACACUCCAAGCAACGAGCUUCUGGUCCUCCCACCUCUUCGAUGGUGUAUUGUCCAGAAUUGCAACAGCAUCGAAGAGUGGAUGAGGUUGCUACCCCGGCAUCGGAAGAUUACGACCUGUUGAGUGAUCUUGAGGACCUGAGCAUCUCAGGUGGACCGAAUGAGCACGGUCAGCACGUUGCCCCUCAACAAGGAGGCGGCUAUGACCAGCCGGCUGCAAGUAGCUCCACGGAAACUCAGUCAUCACAGCCUCAACAAGCACAAGUAUGCCACGGUGUCAGGGAUGAAACACACAGCUUGACCGACAGUGCUGAACAAAAUGAGAGGAGUGCUCAACAUGUACAAGCUAAAAGAGACUCCAUCGAUAUCCCCAAGAAAUCAUGCACAAACUGUUUUCCCAUUCGUUUAAAGCGAAUCCGACGCAGGGCUAAGCGAAUCUUUCACUUCUGAGCUUUUUUGCGAAACUAUAAAAUACUUUAGGGUACCAUCUGAGUUGCCAUCAGAAGCAGUCCUCGAGGUGGACAUUAUGACACCUUUAUAUCUAUUAAGAAAAUAAGGAUGGACGUUUUUCAAAGGAUUCGCAACUGAUUGGCCCUUCUUACUGUGAUCUUGAUGUCUAGCUUUUCAGUACCUCUAAUUUUGAUAAACAUGCCACUUCAAUUGAACACAUUUCUUCUCAGUAUGUGUUGAUGUCAUCAUGGUCACACCCUGAACCUUGCAGUCAAAUGAUAGUCCUGAAAAGCAGAACUGCUUCCUCACAUAUUCCAGCCAUUUGUUUUUGUAAAUUUUGAGAAUUCAGUGCCCUAAUUUUCAAUCGCAAUAUGAUGGUCCACAGUUUCAAAGGUUCAACCGUCACUUAGAGAUCACCAUUAUCAUCACCACAGUAUCCCACCUCCGAUGCAAGAAAACAAACCCUAACCCACCCUGACCUGCGCGAACUCACUGCAUUUUAUCUGACAUUACCCUAAGCUAACAUAAAUUAACUCAUUCCUCUUCCUGGAGCAUGAUUUCUAUUCAUUGGUACCCAUUUCUUUACUCUAAAUGAUCGUCGGUCAUCUGUUUUUCUGCAUGACGUGUGUGCCCAGGUUGAUUUCUUUUCGUUUAAAAAAAAAUCUACAACUGAUUUUUCUUCAGCCCAGCUUUUUCUGGCACGUAGCGUUCGUAGCUGCCACAGUUCGUCUCGAAAACACGUAGGUCUUUUUAAAGCAGUAUUUUUUUUUUUAUCUGAAAGGUUCCGAAUACGGAUGAGUCCUUUCAUCCAGCAAUGCUGAGAAUUGAUAGCGAUGCCGGUAGCCUUCCUGGCAACUUGUGCUUGCUUUCGUUGUUCCGCUUUCGCAGCAUUUCCUGUAGCUAUGCUUGGCUACGUUUAUUCUGAGCUUUACAAUUAUCUUCGAAAGUAACAAGCUGUAAAAAUGAGACGAUGUGGCUUCACUGAGCUUCUCGGUGUUUGUACCGCGUUGCGUGCGCCUACGCCCAAGCUUGUUGCACCUGUGUCGUGGAUGGCUUGUCCCGUCAUCGUUACCUUUUCGACACACUAGCCAAGCCAAGUCACCAAAAACGUCACUGCGCAUAUGCGCGACCGUGCCCAUUAGCAGUACUCGUUAUUUCUGAGACAAAUUGUAAAUAGUGAAAUCACGUCGCUCCAAAAUCUUAGCGACACGGAAACUUGCGAGCACGGUUUCGUGAGCACGCAGGAAAGCUGAUCAAGACUUCCAGACGAGCAUGGGAUGAUUACGUCAUGCGAAGGUAGCGCCACUCUAAUGCGUACUACUAACUCUGGCCUAUAUAUGCAUGUUUAUGGAGUAAUAUAGCUUUUAGUAUGAAAAAGCGAACAGUAUUUAAAUACUAGCAGGAAAUUUGUUUACCGCGUACACUAGCUUACGGUCACAUAACAGGGCACAUCGGAUAUUUGAGGUUUCUUUCACCAGCUGGUACCACAGACCAUUCUUGCGAUUCUCAAUGAGGAAACAAAAACAUGAAUCUACUUUUCAUGACAAAAACGGAGUUGCUUUGAGUCGCAAUGUGGGACAAUCUUUCCAUCCGUCCAGUCAUCUCCCUUCAUGUUCUGGGCAAUUGUCAGUCUCUUUAUUGUCAUUUAGAAAAUAGGCUACCCUUCUUUGAUCUCUAAUAUGCUAUGCUGUUUUUCUAUCUUAAUCUUUUGAAUCAGAGACGAGAAGAAAAAAGUGUUUUAGAGCCGGAAUAUUACAAACACUUUAUCGCACUUAAUAAAAUGUAUUGUACUG